GGGCGGGGCUGGAGAGCGGCGCGCUGCACCCUUAGAGUCCGUUCAGGCUGCCACUGCUGAGGUUGAGGAAGGGGAGGCGGCGUAGACCAUGUGGCCGACUCUGCGUUAUGUGGGAGGUGUCUGCGGACGGACUGGGUGCAGCAUUGCUGGGAGCUUCCUUCGCGCUAGCGGGCCGGUGUCCGGGGUGCUCGGGCUACUCUGCAGGGGUGAUCGCAGCUCCAGCACCAGCUCAUUUGAUAUAGUCAUCGUUGGUGGUGGAAUUGUGGGGCUUGCCUCUGCCAGAACACUCAUCCUGAAACAUCCCAAACUUUCAAUUGGUGUGGUGGAAAAGGAGAAAGAUUUGGCUCUUCACCAGACUGGACGGAACAGUGGUGUCAUACAUAGUGGAAUUUACUAUAAACCCGAAUCACUGAAAGCUAAAUUGUGUGUGGAAGGUGCAGCCCUCAUCUAUGAGUACUGUAACCUCAAGAGAAUUCCCUACAGGCAAUGUGGCAAGCUAAUAGUAGCUGUUGAACAAGAAGAAAUUCCCAGACUUCAGGCCCUGUAUGAGCGUGGCCUGCAGAAUGGAGUCCAAGGCUUGAGGCUGAUCCAGCAGGAGGAUAUAAAAAAGAAGGAACCAUAUUGCAGGGGUCUAAUGGCUAUUGACUGUCCGUACACUGGCAUUGUGAACUACCAACAGGUAGCGUUGUCAUUUGCCCAGGAUUUCCAAGAAGCAGGUGGCUCUAUCUUGAAAGAUUUCGAGGUAAAGGAUAUUGGAAUAGCUAAAGAAGACCCUCCAGGAAGUAAGGAUGGGAUGAAAUAUCCAAUCGCUGUCAAGAAUAGUAAGGGAAAGGAAAUUCAGUGUCGAUAUGUUGUGACAUGUGCCGGUCUUUACUCAGACCGUAUUUCAGAGUUGAGUGGCUGCAAUCCUGACCCUCAAAUUGUCCCAUUCCGCGGAGAUUACCUGGUGUUAAAGCCAGAAAAGGGCUACCUUGUAAAAGGAAAUAUUUAUCCGGUCCCGGACAGCCGGCUUCCGUUCCUAGGCGUUCACUUCACACCGAGGCUGGAUGGCUCUGUUUGGCUCGGGCCUAAUGCAGUGCUUGCCUUUAAACGGGAAGGCUACAGCCCCUUUGACUUCAAUGCCAGAGAUAUUAUGGAAGUAAUUCUCAAAAGUGGUUUCAUUAAAUUGGUGUUCCGGAAUUUCUCUUAUGGAGCUAGCGAAAUAUAUAAAGCCUGUUUUCUCAGUGAAACAGUGAAGCAUCUUCAAAAGUUCAUUCCUGAAAUCACCACCAACGAUGUACUUCGAGGCCCUGCUGGAGUGCGAGCUCAGGCCCUGGACAGAGAUGGAAAUCUGGUGGACGAUUUUGUGUUUGAUGGAGGAGCUGGUGAGAUUGGAGAUCGCAUUCUUCACGUGAGAAAUGCACCUUCGCCUGCAGCCACUUCUUCCCUGGCAAUUUCUAGAAUGAUAGCAGAGGAAGUGCAGCAGAGGUUUAAGUUAUGAGCGACGGAGGGCGCCGUACCCGCAACCUUACAUUCUCCACAUCAGCAACAAAGUCUACCAGCUGCAUUUUAAAAUUAGAAUUUAAGAAAACAAUUUUAAAACCAUGCCUUUUAGGCUAAAAUAACCAUUGACUUAUUAGCAGGAUAUAGUAUAUAAUAAUUUAAAAAACAUUCAGGUCCAUAUUCUUGUGAACAAGGAAACAAAGUGUAUCACUACCUGUUCUGAAACUUCAAGUUUACUAGAGACUUAGCCCAAUCUAGGUAGGGCUCUUACAGCACAUUUGGGAAGGCAGCUUAAAAAAUGGACUGUCCCUAAAUAAAUGUUUGGAUUUAUAAUAUUUUUCCUUUUCCUAAAUAACUUUAUUUGGAAGAUGAAAAUGCUUGAUUUCAAGAAAUAAAUGAAAUGUCACAUUUCUAAGUAGCACAGGUAGCUCCGUCUUUCACUUGCAGUCCCACAGUGCGGCCCAUCGCUCCCGGUGAACAGCAUGCGCCUGUGCUUGUUGCCCUCACUACAGUUCUCUGUGGCUGAGAAAGGGACGUCCCUGAAGGAACUGUGGUUUUAUAUGUGCACUUUAAAAUCCUGACCCUGGGGGCGUCACUGUGCAAUUUUAUGUCCCUUGCUCACACUAAGGUUCCCAAGAUGUUGGCCAGGGUCACUAACAGAUAAUUCAUAUCUAUUUGGGUUUUCAGAAUUCUAUAAACUUUGUGAGGACAUUUCUCCAUUUUGGGUUAAUCUCUAACUUGUAGGCAUUCACUUUUGUAAACCGCGAAAGUGCCUUACAUUCAUACUUACUUCACCAACAUGCUGAGUUGGUGCCAAGUGCCAUAGUGUGUGUGUGUGUGUGUGUGUGUGUGUGUGUGUGUGUGUGUGUGUGUGUG